AUGGCAGUAAGCCAGAGUACGAACUUGUCGCCUAUAGAGGUCCGGAAUGUCGAAUUUCAUACUGAUACACAGACGCACUCCCCCAGUUCUACAUUGUCAAAUGGGCCCGUUAAGCUUGACAUAGAGCAUACAUUGGUUGAGGAUGAUCCUCGCUUAUGGUCAAACACGAAGAAGACCGCUGUAUUGCUCAUCAUAUCCGGAGCGUCGAUGUUUGCGGGUUUGGCGACGAAUAUACAAAACCCCGCCAAUGCUCAAAUCGAGCAGCAGCUACAUACCACCAGCGGAGACAUCAGCCUGAGUUUGUCUCUCUUCAUUCUCGUUCAAGGCAAUUGUCCCAUCAUCUGGAGUGCGAUUAGCGAGAUAAAGGGCCGCAAGCUCGUGUACCUUCUCUCCAUCGCACUUUUUAUCCUUGGAUCUGCAAUUGUGGCCGUGUCAAGAACCAUUGGUUUGGUGAUCGGGAUGCGAAUCGUGCAAGGCGCAGGGUCAAGCGCAGUUUGGGCUAUCGGAGCUGCCACUCUAGCCGAUAUAUACGAGCCACAUCAACGCGGUACAAUGAUGGGCGUCUACUAUUCUGCACCUCUCCUUGGCCCCUCCUUGGGACCAAUCCUUGGUGGUGCACUCACGCAGGGCCUCAGCUGGCGGGCGGUUUUCUGGUUCUUGGUCAUCUGGGGAGGCAUAAUAUUUUUAGCAUUCCUAUUCUUGUUCAAGGACACCUUCAGGAAAGAGAGGAGUGUGACUUAUCAGAACGUGUUGAAGAGAAGACUCCGAGAGCAGCUGUUGUCGGAAGGAACGGAUAAGCUGCGAAAGAUAAAGAUUUCACAGGAGUCGGAAGUAGAUGGAGAAAACAAGACGGCUUCGAAAGACGUUGAAGCUGGGCAGAUGGUCAUACCGGCAUCAGCCAUCGAAGAAGUAAAGCUGACCAUUACUGAUGUCAACCCUUUCCCUCCGUACCUAUCAAUUGUGAGCCGCAUGAACAACCUUGUUAUCUUGACAGCGUCAGGUUUAACAUUUGCGUUUAGCUUUAGCAUCACAUAUACAUGCGCAAGAACAUUGUCGAUGUAUUAUAAUUACGAUGCAUUGAAGACUGGCCUUGUUUUGCUCGCCUAUGGUAUCGGCUGCAUGUUUGGCAGUAUAUUGGGUGGUCGUUGGUCCGACCGGACACUUGCUCGACUAAAGGCCGCGAACGGCGGGGUCAGCUUCCCAGAGAUGCGCCUUGAGAGCACGAAAAUCGCCAUGCUGUGGUUACCUCUGUCUGUGAUCGGAUACGCCUGGGUAUGCCAAGAACGAGUCCACAUCGCUGCUGUGUGCGUGAUGCUGUUCCUCGCUGGAUUUUUAUCCGUAUGGAUCUACUCGAGCACGCUGGCAUACCUUGUCGACGCCAACAUUGGUCGUUCAUCGAUGGCAGUAGCGAGUAAUAGUUCUUUCCGUGGUAUUUCUGCUUUUGUCGCUGCUGAGAUUGCUGUUCCUUUACAAGAUAGUAUUGGCGACGGUGGUUUGUAUACUCUCUGGGCGUGUGUGGUGGUCGUCAUCGAGUGCAUGAUUUUGCUGGUGUUGUACAAAGGCAGGAAGUGGAGAGAAGCUAGUGUGGAACGGGAGAAGCAGAAGCUGGAUGCCAAUUAA